AUGUCCGGCGACGAUGUGUUCCUGGAGGUGGCGCUCGAGGGCUCGACCGGAUGCACGAUACUCGAGCUUUUCGAGCGUCUCCGCGGCGGCGACGAGGCGCCGCUCUCGGACGAGCGCAAGGAUCGCGCGUGGGCCAGGCUGACGCAGCUCGCAUCGAGCGACGAGUUCGUCUUCGUCAAGUCGCUGUUGCCCGAGACCGCCUACGACGAGAUCGACAAGGACACCAAGACGUCGAUGUGGAAGGAGAUCGAGGAGAAGGAGAUCGAGAAGCGCGCGAUGAAGCUCGACGACCCGUCGCUGAGAACCAGACGAGACGCGGAGACGAAGAACGUCCGCGUCGUCGCGCGCGUCCCCGCGCGCGACCUCGCGCUCGGCCUGGGCGACGAACGCGUCUGGUCGAUGAAGACGGGAUCCGACGGCCGCGCGGUGCUGGACGCGACGGCUCGCUCGAGACACGCGGGGGUCCCGACGUCGGCGCUGCUCAACCUCACCAAGGGCAACGACAGCGCGCAGAAGGUGGCGUACCAGGUCAAGACCUUAGUCGCCGCGGGGCUGGUGCGCAGGAGGGAGGCGCUCCUGGACGGCGAACGGCGGGAGAAGACGUCGGUGCAUUACCUGGCACGGUUCGCGCCCGCUCCGGAUUUUAACGCGAGCGUCGACGCCGAGGGGGAGCAAAACUACCUCAACGCUCGGGACAUCGAGGAGAUCGCGGCGGUGUUCGCCGGGUCCAUGCACGCGCACGGCGGGGAGCGCGGCGCGAUGUUCCAGUCCGACCUCGGCGUCGAGCUGUACAGGUGGCUCAAGGAACGCAAGGGGUGGACGGAUGAGGAGAUCGAGAACCCCGGGGCGAAGAGCCGGAUCGGCAAGAUUUUCGCCAGGGUGAAGGAUCACAUGGUGGAGAAGGGCACGGCGACGGCGAUCGUCGCGAUCCACGACAAGGAGAGCGGGGACGACGCGGGGACACAGCUGGCGACGGAGCACCCGGCUCUGCGACUCUGCGACCGCGGUGGUUCCGACGAUCGAGACGGCGAGGACGGCGAGGACGGCGACGGCUUCGGCGUGGGCGGGGGCGAGCUCCUCGUGACAUCCGUGAUCGAGGAUCAGAUCGUCGCGCUGUGCAAGGCGGCGGGUGACGGCGGCCUCCGCGCGCACGAUCUCGCCGCCAGGUUCAAGCUCACAGCGAAGGAGUUUGGCAAGAAACUGGACCUCAUGUUCAAGUAUCCCAACCUGUACGGCGUCGAGUCGACGACGAAGCAGGAAGGGAAGAACCAGGUCCGGUGGAUCCACUACGCGGGACUGAAGGAGGCGGCGCCGCCCGGAAAAGAAAAAGGAGGAGGAGGGGCCGCCGGCGCCAAAGCCGCGGGCGUGAUGAUGCGAGAGAGGCAGACGCUCUUGAGGCGACACGUCGACGAGCGCGGAUACGUCGUCAAGAUGUUCGUGCCUCGUCUAAUGGGCGGCUGGUUGAACAAACCCAAUCCGAUCGACUCCAAGUACGUCACGAGGCUGUGCGAAGACAUGGUGGCGACGGGUCAGUUGCGGAUCGAGUCGGUGACGGUGGACACGGUGACGUCGUUGGGCGACGCGAAGGUCCAGGACGUUCUCGUGGCGGUCGACUUUCCCCGGCUCACCGACGCCGUCAAGAGGCGCAUCGCCGUCGAAAUCGCCGAGACGUCGAAGGCCAUGAAGCAGAAAUGGUGGUCGCGGGCGAAGGACGUGUACGCCAUCACCCCGCCGAUCGCGCCGGAGAAGAAGAAGGGCGAAGAACAGGAAAAGGAAAAGGAGGCACCCGGCGUUUCCGGUCGGGAACUCGCCUUGACGUCGUCCCCGGCCUCGCCGGGCCCCGUCGCCCUCCUCACGUUUAAGAACCCGGGCGCGAAGCCGCGCAUGCGACACGCGGCGAUGACCGACGCGGCGGUGACCGACCCGGCCGUUCAACCACCGGGUCAAUCACCGGGUCAAGACUUACCGUUCAAGACGUUCAGGAGCCUGUACUCGCUGGAGAGCGGGUACGUGAUGGCGAACGCGAUUCGGCUUCGAUACUUUCACGCGUUUCUCGUGGAUGAGAUCUUCGGCGGCGGUAAAAGCGGCGCGGACUUCAACGCGGGCGAGCUUUGCAUGGCGCGGAUGCCCAUCGAGCUCUUUCUGAAGCUCAUACCGGCGCCGAGGAAGCUCUGCGAGGUGGAGGCCAAGAUGCUGGCGACGCUCCAGACGCUCGCGCUCAACGAGAAGCGACUCGGCGACUUGACGCCGGAGCAGGAGCUGGCGCUGGUGGGGAGCCGAAAGCCUCCCGGGACUUUGCCCAAGGCGAGGAGGGCCGCCGCGAUCCUCACCCGGCAGGAGGCUGAGAAGAAGCUCGCCAACCUGCUCAAGUGGCUGCAGACGAUGGGGAUCGUCGAGAAGGUGGACACCGGCAUCUACCGCCUCGCCCCGGAGGCGAGGUUCCAGACCAGAACACCGAGGGAGGACGAGGACGACGACGCGCCGGGGCUCUGGUGCACCGUGCGCGUGGACUCUCGAGCGGGCCACGAGGAGUACUGGAACGCGUUGGAGGCUACGUUCAAGGGGAUGAGCGGCUCGAAGGAGAAGGAUAAACGCGGCGAGACGGUUGCGAAGCCCGACAUGAGGGGCGCCUUCCCCUCCCUGCAGCUGUCUAAGAACGGCCUCAACUUCGAAAAGGGGACGGGGAUCUGCUCGGCAAAGACCUGGUCGCGGUUGAGGGACCUGACCAUCCGCCAGAGGGUCGUCCUCCUCGACGAGCUCGACAAGAUCAGGCUCAACGAAUCGGAGAUUCGCGAGCGGGUGAAUUCGGCAAAGAAAAGCGACGAGGGAAAGGAAAACGACGAAAACGAAAACAACGCCGACGCCGAGAAGGCCGCCGCGCGAUCCGUGUUUCUACGCGCCACGAACGUCCUCACCCAGGACCAGGUUCGCGAGAUCGCCGCCCGCAACACCAUCCCGGUCGAGGUGCUCAACCACUUUGUCAUAAACGACUGGAUGAGGGUGGUAAACCAGCUCACCGCCGACGGGACCAUCAGCCAGGAGGACGUCAAGGCUAACCUGAAGCGGAAGGCUGAGAUAUCGAGGGAAAAGGCUGAGAAGAGGGAGCUGAAGAGAUCGAAGCGGGACGGCGCGACGAACGCCGGCCGGCUCCCGCGCCUCAUCGCCCCGGGCGCUACGGCGCGGGAGACGCGCGCGGAGGAUGACGAGGAUCGAGCCGGCGGGAACCGCCGAGCGAUGGACCCGAUGAGCGCGCUUCCCAAGCUUCGCCUCCGGUGGACGCGAGAGAUGGACAAGAACAUGCUCAUGGCGGUCUGUCGCGCGCGCGUGUGCUUCGGGGAGUCCGGUAAGGGGCUCAUGGAGAACGCCGCGUCGAAGGGCGGCGGCCUCCCCACCGACGUCCAUCGGUGCCAGCGCCGUUGGACCAAGUUGAGUCGCCAGGUGCCCGGGAUUUUCGGCGAGCUGGAUUCGCUCGUCCCGGCGAUGCGCGAGCGCGGAGCGACGGCGAGGGAGCGGUGGGCGAGCGACCGUCUGCUCGCCAAGCAGCGCGGCGAGACAUUGUCCGACGACGACGACGUUGAACGCGUCGGACGUUCGUCGGACGUCGACUCGAACUCGUGGGACUCGAAAGGGGUCUGGUGCGUCGCCGUCGACGACGAGCUGGCGAAGGGGAUCGACGAGGCGUUGGAGAAGCACCCCAUCGCCUACGCCGCCGCCGCGGAGUACCACUACGCGAGGACCCGCGCGGAGGAUUCCGAGACGGACACGGACACCGAGUGGCGUUCGGACGACGAGAUUCCGGUGGCCCGGCUCGUCGACUCCGACUCCGACGCUUCCGACUCGGAUUCCGACUCGGAUUCCGACUCCGACUCCGACUCCGACUCCGACGCCUCCGACGACGCGUCGGAUGAGGACGUCGCCGUCACUCGACGUGUUCGCAGCGACGAACUCAACCCCGCGACGCUCAUCGAGUACGCGCACGCCGUGGAGCUCGUCAAGAUGCUCGUGUCGUUUCGCGACGAGGCGUGUCAUUCCGGGCUCGAUCCAGAGACGGUCCGGCGCGGGACUCGGACGCUCGAGGCGGCGGUUCGCUCCGUCGGCGAGGACCGGGUCGAACACGGGAUGGGGCUCCUCGCGCGGGCCAAGCUGCUCGCGCCGAGGCCCGGGCCGGCCCCUAAUGGAGACGUCGAGUGCAUGCGUUUCACCGAUAAGUUUCUAAAAGCGAGGGACGACGUCGACGCGGAAAACUUUGGCUACGCCGCGUGCCCCGCCGCCGCCGAGUCCCUCCGAGCCGGGCUCGCGUCCCUGACGGCGUCAUCGUCCGCGAGGAUCCCGUCCCGCCCGAGCUCCGCGCAGGUGCUCGCCAUCCUCGCGGCGAUCGUCACCGGCGAGGCGGAGCUCGCUCCGUUUGAUCCCGCGCGCGGCGUCGUCGACGACGACGGAGAGUCUCCCGCCGUGCGCGGGUCGUUCGACGUCUUCGGAGCGACGUGCGACGACGGCGACGGCGGGGGGGGCGUCACCGAGAACGCGCUGCCUCUGGCGCGGGUGAACCUCGACGUCGUGGUCCGGCCGGGACCCAACGCUGGAACGUCCGUGUCGAAUCGACGGCGCGACGCAAACGCAAACGCCAACGCCGCCGCCGCCGACGACGACGACGACGCGGUGCACUCGAGGGUGUCGGAGGAUGCCGUCGUGGCGGCGGUCGAGUCCCGGGGCGCCGACGGCGCCACCGCGGAGGAGCUCAAGGCGCUGGCGGAGGAGCUCAAGGCGACUUCCGACGCCAAGGCUGAGCCCGAGGCCGCGAGCCCGAUCGUCGCCAACCCCGACUCGGACGCCUCCGAGACGACCAAGGCGCUGAACCCUUCAAUCACGACGUCGACACAGCUGGCACAAACGCACAAACGCCGUCUCACAAACGCCGUCUUCGCCAACGCGUCCGUCGCCGCGCUUCGCGCCGCGCUGAGGAGGGCGGCGCUGGGCGGUCGAAUCUGCGAAGUGAACGGGUUCCACGCGACGCCUCGGUACGUCGGCGUCGCGCGAGCCGCUCGGUUCAGGCUGCCGAUUGAUCAAUUGGGGGCUGAAGUCGCCGACGAUCUCCUUCCCGGCGGGCCGAUGAUCCGCCCGUGGCUCCUUCCCGACGGCGAGGUGAACGCGCCGUUCAUGGACGCGCUCAAGCGCCGGUGCGUGACGCACGCGUUGAAGUGCCCGGGGGUUCCGGAGCGGGCGUUGGUGGAGCACAUGACGCCGGCGCUGACGCCGUCGUGCGCGGCGGAGCUCGUCCAGGCGCUGGUGGACGCGGGCCAGCUGGAGUUUAGGGUGGUGGCGGGGGAAGGAGACCGGUACGGACGCGCGGCGGAGCCGGAGAGGUACUUUUUCGCGCCGAUGGACCCGCGCAAGUGGCCAAUGGGCGCGACGAUGGCGUGA